UUAACAGCUGUGGGAGUCUCAUUUGUUCGGGAGUAGCCCUCUCCUCAGUUCUGAGCUCAUCGGGAUGUGCACCAUGGGGUUUGCCCGGCCUCUGGGCUUCGCACUGAUCCCACUGGCCAUCUGCUGUAUCGUGGCCAACAUUCUGCUCUUCUUCCCUAACGGAGACAAUGCCCAGUACGCCAAGGAUGAGCGGCUGACCAAAUACGUGUGGUUUUUCAUGGGCAUCGGAGGAGGGGGGAUCUCGAUGCUCCUGCCCAUCGUGGUUUUUGUGAACCUGGGGAAAUGCGCUGCCCGCUGUGGAACAGACAGCUGUGUGAUGUGCGGCUCCGUCAUGGCAGCGCUUGUUGGUCUUGCUGGCUCUACCUACUGCUUCCUCAUCUCAGCAGUAGCUCUGAUGGAAGGACCCUACUGUUUCACCGACCUGGGAUGGUCAUCGCCUUUUGAGAAGAGUGGAGGAAGAUACCUGUUCAAUCGAAGCUCGUGGUCGCAGUGUAUUCAGCCGGCUCAGAUUGUGGAGUGGAAUGUCACUUUGCUCUCCACAUUAAUAGGCCUCAGCACGCUGGAAUUCCUUAUCUGCUUAGUGCAAAUGGUGAAUGGGCUGGUGAACGCAGUCUGUAGACCCUGCUGCUACAAACAGGAGUACAGUCUGAAUGCUUGAGUUACUCCCUACUCCCCCAAACACAGCCAGAACAACCCUAUGGGAAGUCCACUGUAAGAGUCCACUCAGAAGAAUAGACACAACCCUUACUCUGUAAAUCUACCGAGAAAUCUUUUAUUUUCUGAUCAAAGGUGUAGUCUUCCAAGUGUAAAAAGGAGCCUCUGUUUUG